AAACCUUCUGUAAUAACGUCAUUCAAAUGGGACCCAAAAAAGUGACAGCAAAAAAAGAAGCGUAAAACAACUGUCUCCAAAUUUAAGUUUGCCUUUCAUCCUCCAGUUUCUUUGUUCGGGUGCCGUAAAACUGUAUUGUUAGAGAUGACGUUGCAAUGGACUGCAGUUGCCCUCUUCCUCUAUGUGGAAAUAGGUGUACUCCUCAUCCUCUGUCUACCCUUCGUCUCAGCCACCAGAUGGCAGAGUAUCUUCCAGCUGAGAAUAUGGAACAAAAUGGCCAGGUUUUGGAAUAAAUUCUUCCUCGCCAUGAUCAUAAUCCUUAUAGUCCUCUUCCUCGAUGCUGUGCGUGAGGUGAGGAAGUAUUCGGGGGCAGGAAACAGCAAGGAUGCUAAUCUGCAUCCCAACAUGUUUGACAACCUCCACAUGAAGCUGUUCAGAGCCCAGAGGAACCUCUACAUCUCUGGCUUUUCCCUCUUUCUCUGGCUCGUGCUGAGGCGGGUGAUCACUCUGAUCAACCAGCUGGCGAUGGCGUCUAGCACCACGGCCUCUCUGCAGACCAAGGCAGAGAGUGAUAACCAAACUGCCAAGAAAUACAUGGAGGACAAUGAGCUACUGAAACAGACUCUGAUGGAUGGGAAGGGGAACAAGGCCACAGCAGAGGGAAACGAGCUGCUGAAAAAAGAGAUGGAGAAACUGAGAGGAGAACUGAAGGGCUCAGGGGAAGCCUUGAUAAAGUCCGAAUCCGAGAUGGAAGCUAUGAAGAAACAAUCCGAUGGACUGACCAAAGAAUACGACCGACUGCUGAAAGAACACCAGAAUCUUCAAGAGUGUGGAGACAAAAAGGAUGAUUGAUCGGGGUUAUGACUACAGCUGUCAGAACGUUUACAGAUUGUACCAAGAAACCAGAAAAAAAACACUGUCACGCACGCUAUCAUUUUCCUUUGACAUACUGAAGCACUCUGCAUGAUGUCACCAAAAUACUCCUCCAAAGCACCACUGAGCUGGCAAACAUUAGAUAAAAAGCACCUGAGCACGUUUGUAGUAGAAUAGCUACUACACCAGCAUAGAAAUAGUAUUUGCUGACUUUUGGAGAAUUUCACAGUUGUGAAUGAAUGCCUGCAUGCGUAGCUGUAAAAGCUUCAGAUUACAGUGGUCUUCUACUGUGAAUGUAUUUUUGAUGUAAUUGCUUGCUAUGCUGUUUUUUCCCUGUAUAUGGCAAGAGUACCAUCGUUGCAUUCAUAUCCAUUUUGUUUCACCUUAGCAGUUAGGCGUAUUACAGAUUGAGUUGUAUGUGUUUUGUAAAACAAAAUUAGCAUUGAAUUAGUGGUAGAGAAGCUAUAUUGAGUUAUUUUUGUUAUUGAAUAUUUGAUAUCAAUGGUGAUCUGUUUUUCAUUCCUCUUAGAUGUGAAGGGUUUGUGAAUAUUACACAGGGUCAUGAUUUUCUGUUUUGUAAUAAGGAUACUGAAACGGAAAAGUCUGAGCAAAUUCAUCAUUCCUCUUCUCACUCAGACUCUUUGUAUUGACUGUCCCAGCCCCGGGGUUGGGUUGGGUAGACCGGGUCAGCACUUGGAGUGGGUAAUUGACCAAACUUCCUCCAGCCCCCAUCCCCUAAGUACUUAUCUCCUAUAGGGCCCCAGUACUGUAUAUCCCCCUGUACUGUACUGACUGAAUAAGUGCCUUUCAGACCACUGUAGAGAUUUUCUCAUUGCGAGUACAAAAAUCUGCUUUGAGUAAGAAAGUGUUGCAAUAUUCCAGUAUUGCUCACUAUUAGUUGUUUUUGUUGCGAAAUACAUUUUUUUUGUUUGGAAAAAUUGUCUCCAUAUACCAACAUGUUAUCCCAUAUUAAAAUCGUUUUACUGUUGUGUUACA